AUGAAAGGUUGUCAUGGCUACGUAUUGAAUAUUUUUCCAUAUUAUGUAUGAUUUUUAAACAUAAACUGAUACUGAAUAUUAUGUAAAAUGAUCCUUUCUCGAUCAAAACCAGCCACAGAGAAUCGCACCGGCAGCCAUUCAGCCAAGAAGAAUUUCCCAGAGUUUGAAGAUUUCAUAUUGAAAAGGGAUUAUGUUGGUGCCAUCACUUUGCUUGAAUUCCACAAACACGAAGGCAGAGAGGACGUAUGGCUCGAGGUGUGGACUGCGUGGUGCUGGUUCCACUUGGGCGACUACCGGCGUGCACUGGACCUGUAUCUACAGCUGCAAGACCGGGAUAAUCUCGACACACGUAUCGCUGACAACUUACCCAUUGAUCUCGCCGUUUGCUAUUUCUACUUAGGUAUGUACAAAGAGUCGCAAGUCGCACUGGAAGAUGCGCCGGACUGUGCACUAAAGAACCGUCUACAGUUGCACUUGGCACACAAGCUGGGCGACGAAGAGGGUAUGAUGGCAGCGCACGCGGCGCUGCGAGAUGUGCCCGAGGACCGGCUCAGCCUGGCUGCUGUGCACUACUUACGCGCUCAUUACCAGGAGGCCAUUGAUGUCUACAAGAAGUUAUUACUCGAUAGACGCACUUACCUAGCACUGAACGUAUACGUGGCGCUUUGCUACUACAAGCUGGACUACUACGACGUGUCGCAAGAAGUGCUGGGUGUAUACCUCGCCCAGCAUCCCACCUCUACCAUUGCUGGCAACCUAAAAGCGUGCAACUUGUUCAGGUUGUAUAAUGGUAAAGCGGCAGAGAACGAAUUGAAGCAGAUAUCUUCAGAGCAGCACACUUUCGGACAGGACCUUGUGAGACACAAUCUCAUUGUUUUUCGCAAUGGGGAAGGCGCUCUGAAGGUGCUUCCUGAGCUGGUGGACGUGGUGCCGGAAGCUCGGCUGAACCUGGCGUGUGUGCGGCUGCGGCGCGGCGAGGCGCUGGAGGCUCGUGACCUGCUGCAGCCGGUGGAGGCCAGCUCGCCACUGCACUACAUACUACGAGCUGUCGUCGCUGUCAGGCUCUACAAUGAUACUGGGGAUGAGGAGCAGAUGAAGUUGGCGCAGCACAACUUCCAUCUGGUGGGCAGCUCGGCGUCGGAGUGCGACACCAUCCCCGGCAGGCAGUGCAUGGCCUCCUCCUACUUCCUCGCCGGACAGUUCGAGGAGGUCCUCGUCUAUCUCAACUCCAUCAAGAGCUUCUUUGUCAACGAUGAUACUUUUAAUUUUAAUUAUGCUCAGGCUAAAGCUGCAACCGGUUUCUAUCGUGAAGCUCAGGAAUGUCUAUUGGCUAUCCAUGAUGAAGAAAUACGAAGCUCUUUCACCUACCUGUCUUUCUUAUGUCGAUGUCACGUUAUGAACAAAGAGGCGGAUCUCGCUUGGGAUAUUUGUUCCAAGGCAUCAGGCACUCCGGAUGGCUUCGCUCUGUUGCAACUCGUAGCUAACGACAGCUACCGAAUGGGACAGUUCCUUGUAGCUGCGAAAUGUUUUCACACGCUCGAUCGACUGGACGGUGGUCCCGAAAUGUGGGAGGGAUUGCGCGGGGCGGUGUGCGGUGUGGCGCAGUCUGCUGCAGCAGGCAAGGCGGGAGCGGGCGAGCUGCGGGAGGCGCUGGCCGGCCCUCCAGCGCGGAACCCAGCGCGCCCCGCCGCUGACCACAUCGCGCGCACCAUCACCAAGUGGGCGCACCAGAACAGAAUUCCGGUCUGAAUUUAAUGAAGCUGGUAGGAAGUAUACACGAGCUAUUAUGCCGAGUUUACAUUAUUCCAGUACAUCGUCCAAUCCAGCGCACGUUUUGACUGUAAACUGGAAUCAUGUAAACUGCGCAUUAGUAAGUUUAUAAGUAGUUUUAGGUCAGAGUCGUUAUUUGGUCUCUA